CUGGAAUUCCACCAAGAAGAGUUAAGCAAGAGAAGGCCUUCGAGAUCCCACAGCUAAAUGAUGAAUCCAUAUCUUCAAAAGAUUUGGAAAAUCAUCUACUGUGGGAGAAGUGUAAAAUGUAGGGCGGUGUUGGAAGCACUUGCUUCAAAUUUGAAGGAGCCUACACGCAGACGCAAGCCUCAGUUGACAAAGACUCAAGUUUGGCCGUUUGUUGGAAAUUCAACAGUGAAGCGUAUUAUAAGUGGUGAGAAAGUCUCCAAGGAACCUUAUGACCCAUUAGCUAAGGUGGAGGCAGAGAAACUGCAGAAAGUUUUGGACUUCAUCAACUCUGAUUUGGAAGCAAAGGAGCCUGGUGUUGGAGCUGAAAGUGCUGGAUUUUUCUUGAAGUUAUUGAUACCUAGGGAUGAUUGGCCAACAAAAGACUACGGCUGGUUGAAUGACUCCCACAUUGCAGCAGCAAUGCUUAUGUUUCACAGACGGUCCAGGCAAGAACAGUCUCCAUAUUCCUCUUCUCGAAUUGCAUUUCUGUCUCACUGGUUUGUGAACUCAUGGGUGAACGACUACAAGAGCUGGGACCAGAACACUGAGUUGUCAGAAAUGUACACCAAGGCUUUUAAUGGAGAACACCCGGAUGAUUUUGUCACAGGUAAUAAGUGGAUUGCAGACGUCGACGAUCUUUUCCUCUGCCACCAUGUUAAUGGAGAUCACUGGGUUGCUCUACGCAUCGAGCUGCUUAAGGGGAAAAUUCAUGUCUAUGAUAGUAUUUGCACACAUGUGAGUGAUAAGGAGAUGAAAGAGGCAUGCCGGCCUUUCAUGAGAAUGAUACCAGCAUUGCUUAACAAGAUGGUGCCUGCUAAAACGAGAACGAAAAGUGGAAAGCAGUUCGGUUAUAUUAGGCACAAGAAGAUCCCCCAAAAUGAGAACCCGGGAGAUUGCGGUGUGUACUCUUUGAUGUAAAUUGAAUGUCUAGCUCUUGGACGUAACUUUGAUGGCUUGAAUGAUCAGAUUAUAACACAAUUGCGCUUGAAGUUGGCAGGAGAUAUUUAUGAGGAGGUGACUAAGACAGCCGAAUAGUUUGGUUUCUAGCUUUAGAGAUGUAACUUGAUGUUUUUUUGGUUUUAGACGGAUGUAUAACUUGAUGGUUUUUGGCUUUAGCGGAUGUAUAACUUGAUGGUUUUAGGCUUUAGCGGAUUUAUAACUUGUUUGGUU